GCGUGUCAUAUCCACAACGAACGGCAAUCAACACCAACACCAACAGACAGCGAAGAGCAGCACGAUGCGGCGGCGUUCGACCUCUGGGCGGCCCGGUGCGCCGGGGAGGCCGCCACCACCAAAGGCAACGGCCCUGCAGGGCCUGCUGGAACGCAUGAGGCCACAGACCACCAAGUUGGUGUAUGACUUUGAUGAAAGCGAAGGCAUUGUCGCCGACAUCAACCAGUUCUUCUCUCAUGAGGAUUGCGAGCGAUUCCUCAAGACGCUUGUCUCCGAUUCCCAACGCAUUCCCCAAGACACAUCCACCGACGCGCAAGAUGUCCCCUUCGAUGAGUACCACCACGAGUACGCGUGUUUCUGGCUCGCCCACUGCUUGGGCUUGCACGCGGACCCAGCGCAACCACUGGAGGAGGUCGUGGUUGACCGGGCAGUUGCAGCGUUCAACAAGAACGUCCUGCAGCAGAUUCUUCCACAUGUCAUGCAUGCGCCCAUCUCGCAAGAGGACGCAUCCACAUUCUCCAUCACCCUCGCCGUGGUGUACCUUAUCUUCCAUGCUUUUGUCACCAUUCAAACCAAGCCCGACCAGUACGCCCAAUUUCAGCCUCAGGCAACACAGUUCCGCGAGUUCCUAGUGUCACAGGAUGCUCUGCUGCCAGCGCUGGCUGCUCGCAUCACCGCGUCGCUCAGCUCAGCCGUCCUUCCAACAUGCAAACUCGCCCUUGUCCUGUGGAAGUUUCUUCAGGUCCGUGUCGGCACGCUCGCUGCUUCCAACGACUUCAGACGUCGCCGUCGCGCGCAGUACGGGCUUACUGAGCCAACGCCCGCGCACGCCGGUCACAUGCAAGCGCCAGCAAAGAGCACACUGAGCGAUGUUGAGCAGUACGUGCAGCGCGCCAGUGGGCAGUUUUCGUUCGUGCGCGACCCAAAGACGGGCGAGUUUGACUAUCCUCCAUCUGUGAAAGAGGGACACAACGUCUUGCUCAAGCACCUGUAUGUGCCGCUGUCAGAGCUGCAUCGGCGGGACGAGGAGGAGUUUUCGCGGAUUGCGAAACGCGAUGAAGUUAAACGCAUUUACAAUGCGCGGCGUGAUCCAAGCAUUGAGCAGUUUUACACAACGUUUCGGCCCGUCAUGAAGGAGACAGUGAAAGCGCUGCUUGUGCUGCUGCUCCACUGCCGACCGGCGAAAGAGGAUCUCCCUGGCGACCACAACUUCUGGCGCGCCGACAUUCUGCAGCCAGAUAUGGCCAGCCAGCCACUGGGGAAGUUGCAGCUGCACUCGCUUCGGCGCACACAGGAGGUUGCACUCAAGGCCGUGUCGUGCUCCCUCCUCAUCCUCAUGAAGUACCUCAAGAGCAACCACUUUUUGCAGUUUGAGGAAGUGUGCAUGCAGGUUGUCGACUGCAAAGGCAUUCCCGUCAUCCUCCGUCUUCUCAACCAGAGCAUCGAGCGAUUUGCAACCGCUUUCCACGACGGUGCAACGCGCCUGGCGCUCGCGUAUCUGUGGCCGCAACAUCAGAGUGGACCAAAUCCAUACGUUCCAGUCCCGCCAAAGAAGCCAAAACUCUCAAAGGCAUCCGCAGACAAAGGUGACGCGAACGAUGUGGCGGGCAAGAAGAGCGGAAAUGGCAAUGACAAGACGGAGAAGAAGGCCGCUAAACCACAACAACAACAACAACAACAACAACAACAACAACAACAACAACAACAACAACAACAACAACAACCAGAUGAGGCUGGCGCGUCGUCAAAGGAUGAGAGCAGCGACAACAGCGACAGUGACGAUGAGCAAGGCAACGAUGGCAGUGACAGUGGUGGUGGUGAUGCAGAGAAGAAGGAGAAGGAGAAAGAGGAUGAUGAUGAUGGGAAGAAAGGCGGCAAGCAGAAGACCGAUGACACAGACAAGAAGGAAGAGGACGAUGGGAAGAAGGAAGAGGAGGAAGGACAAAGCGAGCAGCCAUCGCCCGAAAUUGAUCUCGUUUGCAAGCGGAACCUCUUCUCCCUCAUCUGCUUGAUUCGCGUGCUGCAGAAAAUUGUGAAGAACAAGCCUGCGCGAUGUUUUGUGCUUGGAACGGAGAAAGGCGCCAUGAUUCUGAAACGGGCGCUGAAAGUGGAGCACCCGAUGCUGAACCUCUACACACUCAAGGUGUUGAAGAACAUUGUGCGCUUUCUCCCUCGGGGCUGGCGCAAAUCCAACAUGCACCUCAUCUCAAGGGUUGACCAAACGGUUCGGCAGCAGAUUAUGGACGAUUGGCACUUUGUUCCAUCGCCCAUGGAAGGGGGCCCACUGCCGAACAAGGAUGCAGAGGAGGAGAUGCUGACGGAGGAAGUGCGCGAGUUUGUGGAGCGGCACUACCAAAAGCGCCGCGUGUGCGGUGAUGGAUGGCUGCCUUCGUCCGUGGUGGAGGACCUUACCGACAUGACAGUGGACACACUUCUGGCGGAGUUUGAUGAAGCGAGCCAUCCUCUGCUCGACAUUGACUUCCAGCUCCUCACAACAGACUGACGAACGUCUGACCUUCCUGCCUGCCUGUACAACCAAUUACGCCUGUGUGUGUGUGUGUGCCUGUGUGUGCCUGUGUGUGCCUGUGUGUGCCUG